GCUCAAGCUGGAAGGAGGGGUUUGUGAACGGACCUCCGUGGUGGUGGGGGCUGCUGGCGAAGGUGUCAUGGCUGCUGCCCCGGAGCUUAGUCACCCGAGCACCAGUGACGGCAGCUUGGAGCGGAGCUGCAGCCCUAACCUCUCCCGAGAGGUGCUCUGCGAAACCUUUCGCUCCCUGCGCACUCUGGCUGAACAGCUUAACCUCAGAGAUGAUGUGGUGAAAAUUACAAUCGAUUGGAACAAGCUCCAGAGCCUCUCGGCAUUCCAGCCUGCAUUGCUCUUUAGUGCACUUGAGCAACAUGUUUUAUAUUUACAGCCCCUUUUAGCAAAACUUCAACCUCUGAUUAAAGAGGAGAAUACAACCAUUGUUGAAGAGAUAGGAAAAACAGAAACGGGCAACGAGAAUCAAGUAAAUGCCAGAUUUCCCAUUGGCGACUUACAGGAAGAAGAAAAGCCCAAAGAUUGUGAUUUAGGAGAAGUGAAAAAGACACAAAUCCAUUUUGAUCCAGAAGCAGUUCAAAUAAAGGCUGGAAAAGCAGAAAUUGACAGACGGAUAUCUGCAUUUAUUGAAAGAAAGCAAGCUGAAAUCAAUGAAAACAACGUCAGGGAAUUUUGCAAUGUUAUUGAUUGUAAUCAAGAAAAUAGUUGUGCAAGAACUGAUGCUGUUUUCACCCCUUAUCCCGGAUUUAAAAGUCAUGUGAAGGUUUCUAGAGUUGUGAAUACUUACGGACCACAGACUAGACCUGAAGGAGUUCAAGGGUCAGGUCAUAAACCUAACAGCAUGCUUCGAGAUUGUGGUAACCAGGCUGUAGAAGAGCGACUACAAAAUAUUGAGGCUCACUUGCGAUUGCAGACAGGUGGUCCAGUACCAAGAGAUAUUUAUCAGAGAAUUAAAAAACUUGAGGACAAAAUCCUUGAAUUAGAAGGCAUCUCUCCAGAAUACUUUCAAUCUGUUAACUUUUCUGGAAAAAGAAGAAAAGUUCAGCCACCUCAACAGAACUAUUCACUGGCUGAACUUGAUGAGAAAAUUAGUGCCCUCAAACAAGCCCUGCUCAGAAAAUCAAGAGAAGCAGAAUCCAUGGCAACUCACCACCUUCCAUGAAAAGCUCCUCUCAUCCUUGUUAUUUUCCCUUUUUUAUACACAUGUGUAACUUAUACUAUAAUUAAUUAAAUGGAUAUGUAGUUAUCAGUGUAGACUUCCUUGUGGAGUCAAGGUUUAUUUUUGAAUGAGUCCAACUUGUAGCAAGUAAUCUUCAAAUAUUCCAUUGAGUUUAGAAAUAGUGAAUGCAUUGAAAAUAGUAUUGCAGAAUGUUUUUCCCUUCUGUUAUAAAGGAGGUAUUUUGGAAAUUGAAAAACUUAAUUUGAAAGUAGUUUGUAUGUGUGUGUGUGUGUGUGUGUGUGUGUACACCACAGAAAGGAAGAUUUAUUUUGGAUAGUGACAUUUAAAGGACUUAUAACCAGUUUACCAAUUUAUUAGGUUAAAUCAGUACGUUGCAUGUAAAAAUCAUUCAACAAAAAAUUAACUGAAAUGAAAUUUAAAUGUAAAAAUGUUAAAAUUUUUCUUCAAGUGUCAGACAAUUUUAAUAUAAAUAAACAAUGGAU